AUGAGCGAAACCACUUACUGUGACACACUGGAGAACCCACCAUUCUGGCCCCGCAUUCGGCACAAGUUCAGAGAACCCUUUGCUGAGUUUCUUGGUACAUUUAUUUUAAUACUAUUUGGUGACGGUGUUGUUGCUCAAGUCGUCCUUUCUAGUAACAAGAAUGGUAGUUACCAAUCUAUUUCCUGGUGCUGGGGUAUUGGUGUCAUGUUUGGCGUCUAUGUUUCUGGCGGUAUUUCCGGUGGUCACUUGAAUCCUGCUGUCACAUUUGCCAACUGUGUCUUGAGAAAAUUCCCCUGGAAAAAACUGCCAAUUUAUGUCGUUGCUCAACUUCUCGGUGCCUUUUGCGCAGCUUUUGUUGUUUAUGGUAACUACAAGUCUGCCUUUGACUAUUACGCUGGUAUGGGUGUUAGAGAUGUUACUGGAGAUGUUUCUACUGCUGGAAUUUUUUGCACCUAUCCUGCUUCCUUCAUGACUAGAACUGGUAUGGUUUUCUCUGAAAUUAUUGGCUCCUCAAUCCUAAUGCUUUGCAUUUAUGCCAUCAAUGACUCAAAUAAUAUGGCUGCGGGCCCUCUCGGUCCUCUGAUAUUGUUCUUUUUGAUUUUUGGCAUUGGCGCUUCCUUUGGCUGGGAAACCGGUUACGCAAUUAACCCUGCCCGUGAUUUUGGCCCAAGAAUGGCCUCCUAUAUUUUGGGUUAUGGCCCCAAGGUUUUUACUGCUGGCGGUACCUACUUUUGGAUCCCCAUUGUAUGCCCAGUCAUUGGAUGCACUUUUGGUGGCUUUCUUUAUGACUUGUUCAUUUACACUGGGACAGAAUCUCCCAUUAACCAGCCCUACUUUGGUAUCACUAGACUCGCAAAUAAGUCUUCCAAGAAUGAGGAUGUUGAGAAGAGCAAGCACAAUGACCGGAUACUGGCCGGUUUUGUUCACGGUCACUCAGAACACCCUGUUUUGGAGACUGUUACAUAUGCUGAUGAGCAUCCUGAACAUAUGACUACAAUGUCGGCAACACAAACCAGCAAGGCUCGUGUUGAACAGCUGGAACAGCUUUAA